AUGUCUGCCGAAGAAGUUGCCAUGCAAGCUCCCGCCGUCGGCGACGACGUUGUCCAGCCCUUCCAGCAUCUCAACGUCAACGAGGCCGGCGAGCCUAUUCCCCGGACCGAAGAGGAAUAUGCCAAUGCGCAAUUGACUCUGCGCGCCAUUGUUUCCUCCAAGGAAGCUGGUGUCAUCAUUGGCAAGGCAGGCCAGAACGUCGCCAACCUACGCGACGAGACUGGCGUUCGCGCUGGCGUCAGCAAGGUCGUUCCGGGCGUUCACGACCGCGUCCUUACCGUGACCGGUGCUUUGAGCGGCAUCUCGAAGGCGUACCACCUCGUUGCCAAGGGUCUUCUUGAGGGCGCGCCUUCCGUCGGAAUGGGCGGCGUGAUCAACACCAGCGGCACCCACCCUGUUCGCCUGCUCAUUUCCCACAACCAGAUGGGAACCAUCAUUGGUCGCCAGGGUCUGAAGAUCAAGCAGAUCCAAGAUGCCUCUGGCGUCCGCAUGGUUGCACAGAAGGAAAUGCUCCCCCAGUCCACCGAGCGCAUCGUUGAGAUUCAGGGAACGCCCGAGGGAAUCGAGAAAGCUACCUGGGAGAUCGGCAAGUGCUUGAUUGACGACCACGAGCGCGGUUACGGUACCGUCCUCUACAACCCUGCUGUCCGGGUCCAAGCUGGCACUGGCCCCAUUGGCAACGGAUUCACCGGCACCCGCUCCUACAACCGCACCGGCCACGGAAACGACUUCAGUGAUUCACCCACCUACAGCCGCCGCUCGGGAUCGGAUGCUGCCUCGCGCCCUCCGAUGCCCACGACGACGGAGGAUGGCGAGGAGAUCCAGACGCAGAACAUCAGCAUUCCUUCAGACAUGGUUGGGUGCAUCAUCGGCCGUGGUGGCAGCAAGAUCAGCGAGAUCAGGAAGAGCUCGGGUGCACGCAUCUCCAUCGCCAAGGCUCCUCACGACGAGACGGGCGAGCGCAUGUUCACCAUUAUGGGAAGUCCCAGCAGCAACGAGAAGGCACUGUACCUUCUCUACGAGAAUCUCGAGGCCGAGAAGAUGCGCCGCAGCCAGGCGCCCCAGGAGUAA